AUGAUGCGCGCCUCUGGGAGGUUUAUAGUUUCCGCAGCAGCAGCGUUGGUUGCGGACGAGAAUUGGCGAGCCAUCCACAGAAAGGACUCGGGGCUCUCCCCGUGUCACCGUCUCUCACUCUACGCUACGCUACUCUACCGCCUGCACCUCGCCGCAGAUAAACGUUACAUGUCACGGGGCGCCGAUGAGAUGGCCCCCCUUCCGGUCUAG